AUGUCAGAAGAGCUCAAGGACGAGGUUGAAGCCAUCAACUCGAUAUACGGCGACGGCUGUCUGGUGCCAUCCGGCGACAGUCCCAGCAUCUACAUUUUGACGCCGCCGGGAGAGUCCUCGUCGCUGCGCAUCGAGUUCUCUGCCGACUAUCCCGCAACGCCCCCCGUCGUCAUUGGUACUAACAGCACCGGCGAACAUGGGAAGCGCGGCGAGGCUGCCAGGGAGCUCUCCCUGUUCAGAGACGUCGUCGGCAGCGUGUACGAGCCGGGCAUGGUCUGUCUCUUUGAUGCAAUCGAGGAGCUGAAGCGGCGUCUGGAAGAGGAACAGGAGGUUGUCGAUGGCGACUCCGAAGAGGAGGCCGGGCCCGCGGUUCACAACGUCAAAGAGCCUCGCCAGGAGUCUCAGGCCGGUCUGGAUGUGCUCGGCAUGCCGGAGCCGCCGUGGAUACUGUCGGAUCCUUUCGUUGAACUCAAGUCGACCUUCCUAGCCCGCUGCGCACCUGUGUCUUCAACUUCAGAGGCAGAGGCAUAUGUUCAACACCUGCUGGCUACAGAUAAAAAGGCCAGGGUCGCCACCCAUAACAUGACGGCCUGGCGUAUCAGGGGCCCAAACGGCACUACCUUCCAGGACUGUGACGACGACGGAGAGACGGCGGCUGGCAGUCGCCUCUUGCAUCUAAUGCAGCUCAUGGAUCUCUGGGACGUCAUGGUCAUAGUAUCCCGCUGGUACGGUGGCCACAAACUCGGGCCCAGACGGUUCGCACUGAUCAACCAGGCCGCAAGAGACGCCUUUGUCAAAGCUGGGGUUGUCAGUGAACAACCCAGUAAUAAGAAGAAGGGCACCAAUAAGAGUUGA